AAACGUCAAGACAUCUCUUGCUGCUCCUCUACGACUAUCCAAGUAUCCAUCACACGUCUCUCCUUUCCACCUCGUCAAAACCGUCGACACGCGCGCGACCAUUCGAUCACUCCACGACGACGACAUCCAUCCACAGCCAGAGCGCGGCGGAUGCGAUGGCCACCGAAGAAGAAAACUUCGUCGAUGAUGAUGCCGACGUGAAGUCGAUGUCGUCCUCGUCGUCGUUGUCGUCGCUCUUUGACCUCGACCUCACUGCGUUCGGCGACCGGUGGGUGGUGUCGGGAGGAAAGGAGGAGGUUGAUUUUGCUGGUGCCGAUGAUGGUGGUGGCGGGGCGGUGAACGUGGCGUCCGACGAGGACGAAGAUGGUCGCGGCGGCGGCGUGGCGGCGGCGCUCGGGCCGGCUGCUAGGCUCCGCGAGCUUCUUCUUCGCAAGCUGAGGAAGCCGAAGGCGGCCGGCGGCGGUGGCGCGGUGUCGCCGGAGGGACAGAGCGGCCGAUUCUUGGCGAAGGUCCGGGCGGACUCGAUGCCGCGGCUGGAGGCGCGCGCGAUCGCCGGCGGCGAGGAGGAGCGGCGCGCCGCCACUACUACUAACCCGAAGGAGGCCGCACGGAAGUACCUGAACAAGAUCGCGACGAGCCUCGCGCGCCGCCGCGGAGGUCCAGACCCAGCAGCAAUGGUGGUCGCUGCCCCGACGACGACCGGCAAGACGAAGACGAGCCGCUCCUCCAUGGCGGCGCCGCCGCCGCCGCGCCGCGGUAUAGACGGCUCGGCCCAGCACUUGCAGGACGGCAUCGAGAGCGCCAUUGCGCACUGCAAGCUCUCGCUGCGCACGGCGACGGCAGAGCCGAGCUAAGGAGGAGUGCAAAUGUUGAGUCGUUGAUGCAUGCAUGAAGCAUGAUGAUGUGUUCCUCGCAGUGAGAUUUGAUAAAGGCUUUGUUCUUGGCAUAGACGAGUUGCCAAAUAAUCGCAUUCGUUUUUCAUUAAAUCCCUUUGAGAUGAUCGCGUCUAAAUUUUUAGAUAAUAGAAUUUAUUCCGACCUUUGCUUCAAAUAA